ACUCUUCCUCUUUCCUUUUUCUUCUUCUUCUUCUUCUCUGCGUUAGAUAGAUAAGGUGGAUAUGCCAGCCAUGGCGGUCCAGUUCCAGGCAAACUUAAAUGCAACUUUCAAGCCCUGGCCUCCCCAAACCCACUUUCAUAACUAUAAGUCCAUUCCAACCUCUACCUCUGCCAAGCCCAGAACCCUCUUCCCCAGCUUAAACCUUCGCGAGUUGAAGCUCGGUUACUCGUCCCGAAAGUUCGAGCUAAGAGCCUCGGCUGUGGCUGCUGAUCCUGCGGUAUUUGAAGAGGCCCCUGUUGAUGAAUCCGCCAAAACUGAAAUUCCUCCGGAGGCAGAGCUUGGAGUGAUAGUGAAGCCACUAGAGAAACCAAGGCUUGUAUUGAAGUUCAUUUGGAUGGAGAAAAAUAUUGGAAUUGCGCUUGAUCAAACGAUACCUGGACAUGGCACCAUCCCUCUUAGUCCUUACUACUUUUGGCCCAGAAAAGAUGCUUGGGAGGAGCUCAAGGUUCUACUAGAGAGUAAGCCUUGGAUAUCUCAAAAGCAGAUGAUCAUUCUUCUCAAUCAGGCUACUGAUAUCAUCAACUUGUGGCAGCAGAGUGGGGGCAAUCUGUCUUAGGCUUAUAAUGUAGAAUUUUUUUUUUGUUAUUUUUUAGCUCUUGCUUCUACAACUAAUCAAAUCUGUUUUGCUUUGUUUGGUUCUGGUAUUACUUAUUUGAUGAUGUGGGUGAUCUUGAUUAUGAAAUUUGUAUUCAUGUAUGUAUCAAACUGUGGUGGUUAUCAAGACAUCUGAAUUCAUUUUGCUCUGUAA